GUUAGGGAAGUUGGGGGUGGGUCAAGCGGGAAGCCAGGAGGUGGGAGAGGAGGGAUUAGUCAAGGCUCCCUGUCUCCCUCUGAGACAGCGUACUACAGUUUUCUCCGACCUUCCUCUAGCUUCUGGCUGUUUCAGUUUCUUGGAGCACAACGUGCAACAGGGAAACAUCAUUUCCGCCUCAAGACACACAGGAGGUGUAGAUAUAGAUGCUCUCCAUGUCUAGAUGGAGCCCUCAGGCAUCCCAGAGUCCACCACUCCUUUUGACUAUGACGAUCAGAGCUUUCUGUGUGAGAGCAAGAACUUCGCCUUUGCCACCCUCAGCACCACCAUCCUGUACUUCCUGGUGUUUCUCCUCAGCCUGGUGGGCAACAGCCUGGUGUUGUGGGUCCUGGUGAAGUUCGAGAGCCUGGAGUCCCUCACCAACGUCUUUAUCCUCAACCUGUGCCUCUCAGACGUGGCCUUCUCCUGCUUGUUGCCGGUGUGGAUCCUGGGGUACCACUGGGGCUGGGUGCUGGGGGACUUCCUCUGCAAGCUCCUCAACAUGAUCUUCUCCAUCAGCCUCUACAGCAGCAUCUUCUUCUUGACCAUCAUGACCAUCCACCGCUACGUGUCGGUGGUGAGGCCCCUCUCGUCCAUGCGUGUCCACACCCUCCAGUGCCGCGUGCUGGUGACUGCGGCCGUGUGGGCGACCAGCAUCCUGUCCUCAAUCAUCGAUGCCAUCUUCCACAAGGUGUUUCCUCCGGACUGCAACUAUUCGGAAGUCAGAUGGUUCAUAGCCUCGGUCUACCAGCACAACAUCAUCUUCCUGCUCUCCGUCGGGAUCAUCCUGUUCUGCUACGUGGAGAUUCUCAGGACCCUGUUCCGCUCGCGGUCCAAACGGCACCACCGGACGGUCCGGCUCAUCUUCACCAUCGUGGUGGUGUACUUCCUCAGCUGGGCUCCCUACAACCUGAUCCUGUUUCUACAGACACUGCUGAAACUCAGGGUCAUCCAGAGCUGCGAGUUCAUCCAGCAGCUGGAUUACGCCUUGCUCAUCUGCCGCAACGUCGCCUUCUCCCACUGCUGCUUCAACCCGGUGCUCUACGUCUUUGUCGGGGUCAAGUUCCGCAGGCAUCUCAAAAGUCUGCUCCGGCACUUCUGGCUCUGUCGGCAGCAGGCGUCCAGCAUCCCCCCUCACACCCUGGGCACCUUCAACUAUGAGGGCGCCUCCUUCUUUUGAAAGGGAGUUCGGUGGUGCAGGAAGGAGCACCGUGGAGGGCACCGUGGGGAAUGCCAAGGCCAUGGGGCUGGGGGCCAAAGCAGUACCUUUCCACCAGCAGGUCCCACUUGUCGCCCCUUCUGCAGAAAGUGGCUCCCACCUGGAAAUGUUAUACUGCCAUCCACAAAAACAAGCCUUGAAUUCUGACUUCAUCACUCUUGCUUUUAUUAAUUCAUUCGCUUAGACAUCGCUUCGUUCAGAAGGCUCUGAGACUUGGAAGGAGUCCCAGAAAGGAGGAUCUUCCAAGACUUCAUGAGGGUCCGAGACUCAGUCCUUUCCAGCAGGUGCUACUGGCCUAAUUCUUAAAACUGGACCUUCAGUCUUCCCCAGCCAAGUAAAACGCCUCCAAGCCUGGCCACCCAAGUGCAAAUACGUCAUGGAACCUGUAGCCGGAGGUGAAGAGGAGAAGGCUUCACAUGCUCUCUAAGCUCCAGCCGAGGGCUGUUAUUAGUAGCUACUUUAUUCAACAAGCAUAUAUUCCAUGCUUCUUGUGCGCAAAGUCCCACUCUGGGGACUGUGGAAGACUCUGGAAUUCAAGGAGUUACAGCCGAAUGUACCUAACUGGGGUGCACGUCAGAAUCACCUGGGGAGCUUUUCCAAAGGCCCCGCUCCAGAACUAAAUCAGGUUUACAGAUCGGGACCAGGUUUGUUGUAUGGAAAGGUUAGAAGGUGGCUUUCAUGUACGUCCUUGGGAUGUGAAGCUAUGGGACAGUGUAGGAGGUAGGCAUGUGUGCUGCUAACCAAAAACCAAGGUCAAGUGACAGCCAUUGCCACAGAGACGAAUAAGCGUGGUGCUCUGAGAGUGUAGACUAGGGAAGAAAGGUUAAUAUCUGUAAACUAGCCUCCUGGGGCAAGAGGCACGUGCCCCCCAGGCAUGGCCCCCCAAAAUACAUACAUUGGAAGAAUAGUGACACCUGUCAUUCUUUGCUCCCACUCAUACACAGUGAUGGAACACCAGGGCCCAUGCCUAGCAGGUCGGAAGACCAGGUUCCUGCCCGCAGGAAGUUUGGGAAAGUUCCUUGGUGCCAACUUGCAGGGGCCCGGAAAGACUCGCUGAGGUGUCGGGGCCCUAUCUGCAAGAGAUGAGGAGCCGCUGAGGGUCUUGAAGCACCCCGGUGUCCAUUCAGAGCACACUGGGUGGGGAAAGAGAUGCACCGCAGAAGGAUGCUGAGGAAGCGAGGUCAUCUGGGGGUGGAACCACGGACACGCAGCCACUGUGGGCAAGAACGACUCUGAGGGAAUGGGGAAAAGGCAGAGUCAGCAGGACUGGGCCGUGGGGGUGGAGGGAGGGGAAGCACAAGACUCAAAGAUGACUCAGUUUUGGAACGGGCGUGGCCAGGGAAAGUGGGUGCCACCCACCAGGCAGGUGGAGAACAUUCCUGGUGACAGUGAUGAAUCUGAAGGGUCAGCUCAAUAUCCAUCCUGAGAGCAGGAGGUGUUGCAGGAAUCUUCACCCUGGGUGCCUUGGCCAAGGUGGGUGUUUGCUUAUCUGGACCUUUGGAGCUGGGCUCUUGGCAUUCGGAGGGAGGCAGUGGUAUCUCGUCAUCUUUAUAUCCUGCAAGUAAAUGCUUCAUGCAGAAGGUGGCACUUACUCCAUUCGUUCCUUCCCGCAAAGAAUCAUGGGCCGAAUAUGCAGGGGCCAGCUCAUGUGAAAGAAGCUGGAGCUAUGAUAUGCAACACGUCUCUCAUCUAGCUGCGGGUUUUCAGCAUCCAGAUUGCACUCUGACUAUGCUUAUUUUAGGAUGUGCUCACGUUGGCCCUGCAGACGGUCUCACCCGGCAGUCACCGAGGACUGAGCAGAGCCAACCCCUCCAAAACCAGCCGGCACAGCCGUCCGGUCAGGCAGGGGCCAGACCGUCUCACCAGCAGCCUGCCUCUGCACAGUUAUCAAACACAUUGAGUCUCAGACCCUCAUGAAGGGAUAAAGCUCUCAUGGACUUGCCAGCCAAUAGGUGGGGACAUCACUCACCACGGACAGAAGAAACAGCAAAAAGAAAGAGGCAAUGAGGUAGUCGUGGCUCAGAGUUAAGCCUUCAGGCUUCUGAUCUGGGUAGUCGUUCAGCACCCCCUUCAAACUAAUAUUACUAAAGUUUUGUUUGACUUUUAUUCAGAGGGCAGGCUGAGCCCUGGGAGGAGAAGGGGAGACGAUUCCAGCUUGCAACCCCCAAAACCAACGCAGUGUGGUCUUAACGCCACUAUUCCUGGAAGGCAGGUUGGGAGGGGGGGUCGUCACUACAGAGGCUCGCCUCGUUUGCUCCUCACCCAUCCCAUCCCUUCACCUCCAAAGAUGUUCAUCUAAGCAUUUCUUCCGACACAUUCAGCCGUACCCCUGAGAGCACUUCG